CUAAAGCAGGAAGAGGCCCCUCCCUCUUCCCCUCUUCUGUCCAGACAGGAGACCUGUGACCAGUGGAAUCACUGCUAAUAAGCACUUAACGUAGCAAUUUUGUGAGAGCGCCUCCUAUUGGCUGGAGCACCUAUCUCCGCAGUCAUUGGUUGGCGCUCAGCUCUGAUGGCCUCUGAUUGGCUGAGGAAUAUUAACUGACUUCUACAUGAAAGGUGAAUACCACACCACCUUUUUCUGCACACCUCCAUACAGGAAGGUUUUUUUUUAAACCCCAGUACAGUAUAUAAAAAUGUGCAUAUGUGUACAGUUUGUGUCAAUAGUGUGCCUAAAUGUACUGUCAACUCUAUUUUCAUAUUUUUCUUUAACCUAAAAAAAAGAAAUCAGAAUGUCAUGAUCACUUUAUGCGACUGAAAAUGACUUUAGGGUGUUUCUUUUUUGCAUCUUGCUUCUCAACAAACCCUUCAUUGAGAGCAACUGUGCUCAGAGCAGUAUAACACUAAUAAAAGGUAACUCAGACUAACUGAUCUACCGAGUGUCUUGUGUGACGUAGUAAAGUACAAGGGAACCAUGAAAUGAUUGCAUUUAUCUCAUGUUCAGAUACACUUGUCUCCGUUUCAAACAGUGUCCUUGUCCCGACAUUGUCCAUGUUCAUGUCCAAGCUGGCUCUCUACGUCUUCCUCUGCGCUUUUCCCACUGGAUCGACGAUGAUAACCACUCCCCAUACGGCCAAACCUUACAGUUAAAAAAGUUAUUUUAAUACACCGUAUUUGCUCACAUGACUUGUAUGACAGCCGCACGGCGUUAACUCACUUGCUGCAAAUGUUAUCUGGGCGACCGUGCCCAUAGAGGGCGGCCCGCCGAGGCGCAUGACUUUGCGGGCAGCAUGGUACACGUAGGCCCCAGACAGGAUCAGACCACCGCCGGAGAUGAGGCGGCAGCUCCAGCAGUUCUUAAAAGUCCGCAUAGACUGGGACAUAGGCGGAUUCUCUCCUCCUGUUGGUGUCUCCGGUGUCGCCAUGCUGCUAUUGGUGCGGGUGCUAAAGCUAAUGCUAACGAUAGCGGCGGAAACGGAAAGUGCUAACAAUUGUUUAAAAUAUUCGUAAACUUUUGAGUGGUCAAAUAGCGUACGUAAUAUUCACUGUCUUAUAUUUUACUACAAAACACAUUUGUCCGUCCAAAAAGUGAAGGCGACUUCAAGGCUUACAUCAUUGUACUUCCGGGUGACAGUAGUCUUUCCUUUACGGCACUUUCAAAAUAAAGAUCGACUGUCAUUUUCUAUUCAGUGAAUCACCUGAGUCAAAUGCAAGAACAAUAAACGCUUAAGUGUAACAUGAAAGUGAAAUUAUGCUGAAUAGAUACCGUAUUGCCUUAUAGACCAAACGAUACGACGAGCCAGAUAAAUGUUUCUUUACUAUUAACUAUUAGCUUCGUUGUCAUAAAAAAUACAAUAAAAAAUAAAACAAUAGAAAAUACAAUAAACUCAAGUUGAAUGUUUACAGCAAUGGCCUUAUUUUAUUUACGUAUCUAGCUGGCGUAGAUGAACAUAACAUUCUAAAAAUAAAUGUAAAAAGAAAAUAACUUAUUAUUGUAGUGUAACACACAUCAAGAUUUAACAGUAAAAUACGACAAUAAAAUAAUUAUGUACAUGUCCUCUUCAAAAUAAAGCUUGUUUACAAAUUGGCAUUCAGGGGUGAGUGAGUAGGUGAACGAAUUAAAGGAAACGAGUACCCGUGAGUCCCGAUUCAGUUACAAAAAAACCUCGCGAGUUUUGAACGACACGUUCAUGACUCGCAUGCCACUAGCCAUGUUGCUACAAGUAGCGCUUACAGUCGCUUUUACUUUGACUCCAGGUUUUGGUCAAACUCCGUAUACUUUAGAUUCCACAUACUUUGCAGCUGUGUACGAACAUCGCGUGAUACUAAACCCGGAGCCCCUUGUCCCCCUGUCUCGGUCCAAUGCCCUCCAACAUAUGCAGAGGAACCUGGACGUCUACGAGGAGCAAGCUGCCCUGGCAGCCCAGCAGGGUGCCCACAUCCUGGUGUUUCCAGAGGGUGGUCUUCACGGUUUCAACUUCAGCCGUUCGUCCAUUUCUGGCUACCUGGAGACCAUUCCUGACCCUCAGGAGGAGCACUGGAACCCCUGCACCGAGCACGGCAGAUUUAACAAUACAGAGGUUCUCCAGCAGUUGAGCUGCAUGGCUCGCCGCCACAAUCUUUACGUGGUGGCCAACAUGGCUGAUCUGCAGCCCUGCCCCCUGAAGACAGACCCCGCCUCGUCCUGUCCCUCAGAUGGACACUGGCAGUUCAACACCAACGUGGUUUUCAGGUCAGAUGGACUGCUGGUGGCACGCUACCAUAAACACAACCUUUAUUUUGAAAAGGCCGCGGACACACCGCCGCAGCCGGAGAUCAUAACGUUUGACACGCCUUUUGCUGGGAGGUUUGGCCUCAUCAUCUGCUUUGACAUCCUCUUCUACGAGCCCAAAAUCACCCUGCUGGAGAGGGGCGUGCGUCAGCUGAUCUUCCCCACAGCCUGGAUGAACCAGCUGCCCCUCCUCGACACCAUCCAGUUUCAGCGGGCCUUCAGCCUGGGUGCCAAUGUCACGCUGCUGGCCGCCAACGUUCGCAACGACCGACUGAUCAUGACAGGAAGUGGCAUCUACACCCCUUUCACGGCCUCCUACCAUCACGCGCAGAAAGGGGACCCCGAGGAGGGCCGGCUGAUCGUGGCCAGGAUCCCCGUGCUGGAGCCGGAGUGGGCGGGUGCGGGUGUGGCUGCAGAGGAGGGCGCAGUCAAGGGGACGACCACAGACUCGGGAUUUUGUCACCAAGACAGCUGUGCUUCCUCUCCACCAUCCUCCUCCACCUUUACUUCCUCCAUGAUGUACGAUCCUUUUAAAUUUGUCCUCCUUAACGACACAAACCACCUGGAGGUGUGCGAUGGCGCCUUCUGCUGUCGCCUGCAGUACCAGCGUUUUCCACAGAGGGGCAGUAAGGAGCUCUACGCACUGGGUGCGUUUGCUGGCACUCAUACCGUCAAUGGGCGUUAUGCUGUGCAGGUGUGCGCCGUGGUCCGCUGUGCAGGCUCCGAGGCCAGCUCCUGUGGGCAGGAAGUGGAGGAGGCAGAAACUAAAUUAGACUUUACACUGGAAGGACAGUUUGGGACCAAGUACGUAUACCCAUCAGUUCUGGUGAGCCGUUACAUCCUGGAGCAGCCUGAACACGUGGAGAAGAUGGGAGAUGGGAAGGUGACCAUGACACAUUCAAACAUGGCAGGUGGUCUGGUCACUGCAUGCUUGUAUGGACGUGUCUAUCACCUGGACAACCAAUGAACCACUGUGAUGCUGUCAGGAGAGGACAAAUUAAACACGGACUAGUAAGAUUAGCAAUACCAUCUUGAACUCAUGAAAACUUUAUUCUGUAGAAACAUUGCAAUAAAGACUGUUCAUCCCCUGCAGGAAAAGUGCUUGUUUUCAAAAAGGCAAUAUUUAUUCAUUUCUCUCUCUCACCAACACACACGCACACAUCAGUACAGUACAUAAACAUCAAGGUGUGGCUGCAGGUGCCGCAACAAUCCUUCAGUUAAAAAAAAAAAAAAAAGGUUGCCAAUGUCCCUCUUUGAAUUGAAGUACAUCCUCAAACUGCAAAGUGGUUGACCAUGAUCACCGUUUCAAAUAGAAAGACCAGUCAUCCACGUGGUCCCGUUUAGAAUGAUACAUUUUGUUCCUUAGUAAUCUGAGCUUCCUGUCACUAAAUAUGUGAAGAAUAUUAGUGAGAUGAUUCCAAAAACCCCAAGGAGUUGAAUUUAAACAUGACAAGUUUGUAAUAUUAAAAUUAAAAACACUGGCCUACGAGGGAGUGUAAUGUUUUUGGAGGGGGGAGGA